AUGGCGUUGAACGUGUUCGGCAAACCCAUUGGGAACGAAACAUUAAAGGCGAUGCCCAAAUAUCAAUAUAACGAGGUCAUAACGGCAGUAGACAGAGCUUAUGAAGCUCUGAUAAUGAAAAAUGCGGACAACAAGGAUGUGAAGGCUCGGAAAUUCGUUGAGAGCUUGAAAAAAAAUUAUGGUGCUUCAUUAGUCGCCACACUUUGCUUCAUUUACAACGCAGCUGGAAACAGAUUAACAUUUGUUGUGUCCCAUGAUUGGGAAGGGCAUAUUGGGGAUUGUCCAUACCCGUUGCUGCUCGAAAAUGGUCAAUGGGGUGCAUUUCUUCACGUCCAGACGUCUCCAUAUCGUGGAUCCGUUGCAGCCACCAUAUAUCGCGGUCAGGAUGAGAGUGGGGAUGCUUUUGACUGGAUGUUGUCUUGGCAGAAUGUAUGGAACGACAACAACGGCGUAAGUAAAUCUAAUUUUUAA